GUUACAACAGCUUCGACCCCUGUAAGAUAUAGUGUUACUCUGUUAUACCGUUGUCCGAAACGCAAAACAGGAGGAGCGUGAAUCGGAUCGCAGGCGAUAUACUAAUUAAACCGGCGAGCGGCGGAAGCGAUGCCGUUGACGCGGAGAAAGAGGAAAUAGUUCUCUUGGAUAGGAGCGUACAGGGAAUAGCGCUUCAGCAAUGCAGGGAGGAUCGUCGGGCAUCGGUUAUGGUCUGAAGUAUCAGGCUCGAUGCAUUGCAGAUGUCAAAGCAGACACAGAUCACACGAGCUUCAUUGCCGGCACUCUCAGUCUCAAAGAAGAAAAUGAGGUUCAUCUGUUGAGGCUUUCGUCCGGUGGAACUGAACUCGUAUGCGAGGGUCUGUUUUCGCACCCGAGCGAGAUCUGGGAUCUCUCUUCUUGCCCCUUCGAGCAGCGCAUCUUCUCAACUGUCUUCUCUUCUGGUGAAUCAUACGGAGCAGCAAUAUGGCAGAUCCCAGAGUUAUAUGGCCAGUUAAAUUCUCCUCAGUUGGAACGAAUUGCUUCUCUUGAUUCACAUACUGGUAAAAUCAAAUGCAUUCUAUGGUGGCCAUCUGGGAGGCAUGAUAAGUUAAUCAGUAUUGAUGAGGAAAAUCUCUUCUUGUGGAGCUUAGAUUCAUCAAGAAAAACUGCACAGGUUCAAUCCCAGGAGUCAGCUGGUAUGUUGCAUUAUUUAUCUGGUGGAGCAUGGGAUCCGCAUGACUUGAACACUGUUGCGACGACCUGUGACUCAUCAAUCCAAUUUUGGGAUCUAAGGACAAUGAAGAAGACAAAUGCAAUUGAGCAUGCCCAUGUUCGCAAUGUUGACUAUGACACCAAGAAGAAGCAUAUACUUGUAACUGCAGAGGAUGAAUCUGGGAUACACAUAUGGGAUCUUAGAAUGCCAAAGUUUCCAAUUAAGGAGUUCCCUGGACAUGCACACUGGACAUGGGCUGUCAGGUGUAACCCUGAGUAUGAUGGGCUCAUUUUGAGUGCUGGAACAGACUCUGCUGUUAAUUUGUGGUUUGCUUCUCCCUUGAGCAGUGAUGAUUCGACAUCUGAAGGCAUGGUUGAGUCACCAACUCGGCGAAUAGAUCCAUUACUCAAUUCAUUCAGUGACUAUGAAGACAGUGUCUAUGGUCUUGCAUGGAGUUCUCGGGAACCUUGGAUUUUUGCUUCAUUGUCAUAUGAUGGGAGGGUGGUGAUAGAAUCAGUAAAACCUCAUCUCCCCAAGAAAUGAGGUCUGAUGGCACACGAAGGGGAGAGGCUUCAGAAUGCUGUAGGGGAAGCAUUUUUUGACUGUCCCUUGCCAGAGGAACAAGGAGAGAGAGAGAGAGAGAGAGAGAGAGAGAGAGAGUCGGACAUUUGAACGUCGGUGUACAUGUGUGAUGGUCAUUGUAAUUGUGAUAGCAAACAUUUUUUUUUUCCAUCAAUUGGAUUGCAACCUCUUGCAUUCUUUCUUUGUAAAAUUUUACAUUAAAUUUAUGAAGGUUUGAGUGCAUAUUGAUUGCGUGUA